AUGCAGCUUAUCCCGGUCCACACUGUAUCCCACCUUGAUCUCGACACUGUUCACAAUCCAACCAUUCUUUGCACUGCACGCGUCGCAUGUCGCCAUGGCAUCCCCAAGCUCUUUAUUGCAGACGACUCCUCCAAUAUUAAAGUCUUUGCAGUUGCCAAUGACAACAGUGACAUUCCUCAGCUAGGCGAAUGGACAUUGCCAACACCAAUGGAACAGAUUUACGUGUGCCAAACCGAGUGUUGUGUGGUGGAUACGGGUGACCUGCGAGCCAUACGAUCAUGCUGCGAAGCCUCGAUCAUCCAAUACCGAUAUAUAGCGGAUUUGCAUAAAGCACGCUCAUGUGUAACAACAUGGAUUCUCGUUGAUCCCACUCAACCGCCAGAGUCAUUCUUGAAGCAUCUCGAUCUAUCAAAAGAUCGCCUUACAUUGCUCUUUGGACAUGAGAAUGGUGACUUGUCAGGCAGCACGGCACAAGGACAAGAUACCAAUCUGCAACUUUACCUGAAGAACCUAUUAUUUCUGCUAUUUAUCUUUUACAUUUGA